AUGUCAUCUCCGUCAGUGCAAUGCUUGCUUGUGCAUUUGGGGCCGGGGCUGGUCGCAGAUCCGGUUCUCAUCGUAGCAUUGACAGGCAACACAAGACUCAUUAGAGAGGCAAAAUCAACUGGCUUCGGUGCGAGGCUCAGCCGUCAGUCGUUCGUUUUUCUUAGCGCCGGUGGUUCGACGAGGAGCCACAUGUCGGACCCCCGGCUGUGGGAGGAGAAGAGCAUGGCAGCUCCUGGGGUGCAGCACAAGUGCGAGCAUCGUGGGCGUCAUUCAGCAGUUUGGCAUGACCGCAUUGGCCGAGUGAUGGCAAGAGAGGGCGAAGAGGGCAAGGAUGGCCCCUGUCAUCACAAUGGGGGCGUUUGA